CAACUAAAUUUUUCUGCACAGCCACAUUCUAAAAUCCCUACUACUUUAUAAGUCCUUUUGCUUUUUACCUCGUUCAUUCACACGCCACCUCAUUCUCAUUUAUAAAUAAAACCCUCAACUCAUCAGUUUGUGCGCUUGAAAACUUUUUUGAGUUUGAGUGGAAUUUAUUUAAUCGAUCAUGGCCAAGAAUGAUUUGAAGGUUUUGGGAGCAUGGCCGAGCCCAUAUGUGAUGAGAGCUCGGAUCUCUCUGAAUAUCAAGUCUCUGGACUAUGAGUUUCUUGAGGAGACAUUUGGAUCGAAAAGCCAGCUUCUGCUCCAAUCAAACCCUGUCCACAAGAAAAUCCCAGUUCUCAUUCAUGGCGACAAACCCAUCUGUGAAUCUCUCGUCAUUGUUGAGUACAUCGACGAGGUUUGGCCAUCGAGUCCCUCCAUCCUCCCUUCUCACCCAUAUGAUCGUGCUACUGCCAGAUUUUGGGCUUCCUAUAUCGAUGAGAAGUGGUUCCCGGCCAUGAAAGGCAUUGCUGCUGCUCAAUCAGAGGAGGCGAGGAAGGCGGCAAUCGAGCAAGUGGCUGAAGGGCUGGCGCUAUUGGAGGAUGCCUUUCAGAAGACUAGCAAAGGGAAGGACUUCUUCAGUGGAGACAAAAUUGGGUACCUUGACAUUGCAUUUGGGUGCUUCUUGGGGUGGCUCAGAGUGACAGAGAAGAUGAAUGGGAUCAAAUUGCUGGACGAAACAAAGACACCAGGGCUGGCCAAAUGGGCUCACAAGUUUUGUGCAGAUGCUGCUGUGAAGGAUGUUAUGCCUGAGACUGAGAAGCUUGCCGAGGUUGCUAAGAUUAUUACGGCCAAAUUGAGAGGUGCAGGUGCUCCCCCGAAAUAAUGAAUAUUCUAAUUAUCAUCUUGUGUGACUCGGUGAUUAAUUAGUCGGAUAUGUUAGGCAAUAUGCUAUAGACUCAUAGACUCUGGUCUAUUUUGUUUUAUGUUCGUCUUUUUAUGUGCAUCAUGUAAUGUGAUGCAAAAUAAAUCAUGACCUACUUCAGCAGUUCUCGUUUUAAAA